AUGGCACCAUUCAUGUUACUGGCCAUUUCCUUCUUCGGAAUACUCGGCAAUGGAUUGAUAAUACUCAUCAUUUUGAGUAAAUCCACCAUGCUCACCCUCCCAAACAUUUUCCUCCUCAGUGUGGCCAUUGGUGAUUUCCUCCUCGUCUGCGUCAGUCCACCACUCAGAUCGGUCGCCUACAUUUACAAUGAUUGGAGGUUCGGCAACACAAUGUGUGUCCUGCAGGAAUUCAUUAUUACACUGUCACAGGGAGUUUCAAUUUUUACGCUGACAGCGCUGGCCGGCGAUCGGUUUCGAGCCAUCGUCCUACCCAUGCGAUCUCUCGGCUGGGACUCAAAGAAGAAGACGGUUGUCAUCACAAUUGCCAUCUGGAUACUUGCGUUUGUUUUUGCGUUUCCAGAUAUCAUGACGAGCGGAAUUGAAGUGCACUCGUUCUACGAUCCAACCUCCUCUACAAAUAAAACUUUAACAUGGUGCAACACUUACCACGUGUUUCGGUACGGCUCAACGGAGUUCAACAGGUACACGUUGGUUAGGCGCAUCGUCAACUUAUUCGUUUAUUACAUCAUUCCUUUAACUCUGGUCACCUCAAUGUACGUCGCCAUCGCGAUUUCUCUGCGAAAGCCACCAGCAGGUGCUGCGAAUCUUCGUUUGGACGGCAACCUGACUAAGAGGCAUCUGGUGGCAAGAAAGCGGAUAGCCAAGAUAGUCAUCAUAUUGGUUCUCUGUUUCGUCAUCUGUUGGACACCUCGUCACAUAUUCAUCUUCACCACCAACUACUUAAACGUUGCAUACGAGAGUCGAAAAUCAUUCCAGCUGUUGGCUUUUUUGUUGUCGUUUGUUAAUUCCUGCAUCAACCCCCCCGUCCUCUACAUGAUGAGUUCGGAUUUCAAACGACACUUCAACUACUACUUCAGUGGCGCCUGUUGU